AUGGCAAAGACCGACAACAAUGACCCAGAAAAAUCUGAGAUAACCAAGAUGCAAAACCAUAGGCACGAUGAUCCAAGUGAUCCUCUCUAUCUUCACCACUCGGACCAACCUGGUCUUAUCCUGGUGACCCAAUCGCUGAAUCAAGAGAACUAUCCUCUUUGGAGUCAUGCCAUGCUCAUGGCCCUUACUGCCAAGAACAAAGAAGGUUUCAUCGAUGGAACCGUGACUAAACCUGUCACAGGAUCCACGGCAGAGGUAAAGCAACGGACUCGUUGUGAUCUUCUUGUCAAAGGAUGGAUCCUCAACACAGUAACCCCUGCAAUCGGACAAAGCGUCAUGUACAAUGAUAGUGCUCUUGCCGUCUGGAAUGAAUUAAAGGAACUACUCUCUACCACCAACAGUGUGUACCUUUUUCACAUUGAGCAGGAAAUCCAUGAUUGCUUGCAAGGCAACAUGACCAUUGGUGAAUACUACACCAAGCUCAAAAGUCUCUGGGACAAACGAGAUGCACUUUGUCCUCUACCACCUUGUGGUGGGGAUAUUGCCAAGACUCUACAUCAAUACCAACAGACACAACGUACCAUCAAGUUCCUUAUGGGACUCAAUGAGGUUUAUGCAGCAGCACGUGGUCAAAUUCUUCUCAUGGAUCCACUACCUCCUGCUAACAAAGUGUUCUCUCUUGUCAAUCAAGACGAAAAACAACGAGUCAUCUCCUCACAAGGUCUGGGUAAAGCACCAGAGGCAGCAGCUUUCACCGCUAGAGAAAGGUCACACAAUCGACAUUUGCCGCAAGCUUAA